AUGCACCUGUUGCUGAAGGCUGUUUUAGCAGAGGGAUGGCAUGAUUUGGACAACACUGAUUAUGAUUGCUGGCCUCUGGAAAAACCAGAUGAAUUUAACAUGGUGGACUGUGGAGGCCUAGAGAUGACUUGGGUCCUGAGGCCACCAGAAAAGGUAAUCAGCGGGGAGUCCUUUGAUGUCAUCUAUUCAGUCUUCGCAGCAGAUUACUUUUACAAAUAUGCUGUAGAAAAUGGAAUCCUUUCCCACAGGUACGUAAGUAAUGCAACUGCUGCUAAGAAGUUCUGUGAGGAACAGGAAUGCACUCCCAAUUGGAAGGAUGCUAAUGGAGAGAACUGCUGUGUCCAUCAUGCAAAUAUACACUCCUGUCCGCUGGCUUUCAUGGGUAAAGGUGGAAUUUGCGGUCCAUGGAUUCCAGAUGAUGGACAAAUAUUCACUCACACAGUCUCUACUGCCGGCAAAAUGUCACAGACAAACUGGACUGCCAAGGUAGUUCUGGUACACGUGGCUGUGACUUCUCUCAUUGCACACAUCAGAGUUGGGAGAAUGCAGGCAGCUUUGGAAGCCCAGACAACAGUGCUCCCUGCAGUGGUCUGCGGAGAUGAUGUUUGUGAAGACGAUGAGGGCUGUUCCACAUGCCCAGCUGACUGCGGGGAAUGUCCUUUGACAACAGAGGCCAGGAUAGCAAUUGCUUUGCCAAUAUGUAUCGUCUGUGCUGGUUUCAUUCUGACCAUUGUGUGGUUCCAGUAUCAGAAGCAAAAAAUGUUUUGGGAUGAAAGCUGGAUUAUAGAUUUCCAUUCCAUAAAGCAAGAUUAUGAGCCCAGGACAAGGACUGCAAUGGGGAGUGCCUUGAGUGUGCCACAUGCUGCUCCCAGCGUCUCCAACGCCAGCUGUAUCACAGCAGUGAGCUCCUGUUCAGCAGCACCCAACGUACCCAAGAUGAACUAUUUCACACAGACUGGGAUAUAUGACGGUAGAAUGGUUGCUAUCAAGAAAAUAAUGAAGAAGACGUUUACUCUCACCAAGACUAUACGCAAAGAGGUCAAACAAGUCAGAGAACUAGACCACCCCAACCUCUGUAAAUUCAUUGGAGGCUGUAUUGAGGUACCUAAUAUUGCCAUAAUAACUGAAUACUGCCCCAAAGGAAGUCUGAGUGAUGUGCUGCUCAAUGAAGAUAUCCCUUUAAAUUGGGGAUUCAGGUUUUCUUUUGCUAUUGAUGUUGCCCAGGGAAUGGCAUAUCUUCACCAGCACAGGAUUUUUCAUGGGCGGUUGAAGUCCAGUAACUGUGUCAUUGAUGACCGUUGGGUUUGUAAGAUUUCAGAUUAUGGUUUAUGGUCAUACAGAAAAGGGGAUCCACUGGCAGAUUCCAGCUCUUCUCACCAGCACUUUGCACGGAUCUUUCUGGCUCCUGAGGUUCAGUUGGUACCAAAUUUUGAACUGACUCCAGCUGCGGAUGUCUACAGCUAUGCCAUCAUUUUACUAGAAAUUGCAACAAGAACUGACCCAACAAGGAAGGAUGAGGCAGAAUAUUCCCAGUGUCCCACUUUGGCAGAAUUAAUAUCAGAAAAAUCUGAGAAUGCCUGUCCAUGCUCUACAGAAUAUGUAGAGCUGAUCAGGAGGUGUAAAAAAAGCAACCCAGCACAAAGGCUGACUUUUGAGCAAGUUAAGAAGUUGCUGUAUAAGAUGAAUCCAAACAAAGUGAGCCCCGUCGACAUGAUGAUGACAUUGAUGGAGAAAUACAGCAAACAUUUGGAAGUGUUAGUAUCAGAAAGGACACAGGACUUAGUGCAUGAAAAGCAGAAGACGGACCGUUUGUUAUACAGCAUGUUGCCAAAACAGGUAGCAGACGACUUAAGGCAAGGGAAGCAAUCACAAGCUCAGAGUUACAUAAAUGCUACCAUCUUUUUUAGUGAUAUUGUUGGUUUCACUCAGCUUUCUAGCAGUAGUACACCUUACCAAGUGGUCGACUUCCUAAACAAACUCUACACUGCCUUUGAUGAAAUCAUAGACAACUACGAUGUCUACAAGGUGGAAACUAUAGGAGAUGCUUAUAUGGUUGUGUCGGGAGUGCCCAAGGAGAAUGGAAUCCGUCAUGCUAGUGAAAUUGCAAGUAUGGCUCUCGACCUUGUCUCAGUGUGCAAGACGUUCAGAAUUCCACACAAGCCCAAUAUGCAACUAAAAAUCCGAGCAGGAAUACACUCAGGGCCAGUUGUGGCUGGUGUGGUUGGAACAAAAAUGCCACGGUACUGCUUAUUUGGGGAUACCGUCAACACUGCCUCUAGGAUGGAGUCUACCAGUGAAGCUCUCAAAAUACAGUGCAGUUCAACUACAUACCAGCUGCUGGAACAGAUUGGAGAGUAUGUAUUGGUGUGCCGAGGGAAUUUGCAAGUCAAGGGGAAAGGUGAUAUGAUCACAUAUUGGCUGGAAGGGAAGAAGGCUGGUGCCAUUCAACAGAAAGCUUUAAGUCCUUCCACAGCAUCUCGAUCUUCUAACCAAAAUGCUUUACAUCUGAUCCCUGGAGUUGUGUAG